AUGGCCGCAUCUAUUCUGGAGGUAGGGAAUGUAAUUGAAGACGCACGCUAUGGCUCCAGUCCUCUGGCUAUGUUAACUGCUACCUGUAACAAGUUUGGCAGCACCAGCCCAGUCAGGGAUUCAGCUACACCCGGUAAGACCGGCAGCACCACUCCAGUAAAGAAGCCCUACAACAUGACCUCUGACCUUCAGACAGCUAAAAACGGGCGGACCGCAGACGGCAGUGGCCUGGCGGACUCCUACACUGGCUCCUUCACCACAGCUGGAGGAGGAGGAGGUGGCGGGCUGCUCACCCCUACUGGAAGCCCCCCUCCUUCAGCCGGAGGCUACACUACAGAAUAUAACCCUUUCUCCCACUCCUUCCAGACCUCUGUCUCCCAGGACCCGUCUCUUUUAGUGUCCAAGGCCCACGCCACGGCAGACUGCCUCACCAGUGUCUAUACCUCGCUGGAUAUGACACACCCUUAUGGCUCCUGGUAUAAAGCUGGUAUCCAUCCUGGCAUUACUGCUGCCCCAGCUAAUGCCACGUCCUCCUGGUGGGACGUCCACCCCAACUCCAACUGGCUGUCAGCAACCCAGCCCCAGUCAGACGGAGGUCUCCAGGCCUCCCUGCAGCCUGUCGCACCACAGGCUUCCCUUAGCCCACAGCUGCCCAGUUACAGCACCGAUUUUACACCUCUAAACCCAGCUCCUUACCCUUCUGUGGGACUGGGCUCCUCCUCUCACCUCCUCCAGCCUUCCCAGCACAUGCUGCCCCAGGACAUGUACAAGCCCAAGCCUGUGCCAAGCGCAGGGCUGAUUGAGAGUCCCAUGGGCCUAAAGCCUGCAAGGGGAUCAGGGGGCUACAGCGGAGGGGGAGCACCCACCAGGUCUUCAUGUGACUGCCCCAACUGCCAGGAGCUGGAGAGGCUGGGGGCCUCAGCUGCAUCCCUGAGGAAGAAGCCAGUCCACAGCUGCCACAUCCCAGGCUGUGGGAAGGUCUAUGGUAAGGCCUCCCACCUCAAAGCCCACCUGCGCUGGCACACUGGCGAGAGGCCCUUUGUGUGCAACUGGCUGUUCUGUGGGAAGCGUUUCACCCGCUCGGACGAACUGGAGAGGCACGUGCGCACCCACACACGGGAGAAGAAGUUCACCUGUCUACUGUGCAACAAGCGUUUCACGCGCAGCGACCACCUCUCAAAGCACCAGAAGACCCACGCAGAUUCUGCAUUGCAGGGAAAAGCUGUAGCUGUGGAGGGAGAGACAGAUCCCCGCAGUGAAGAGACUGCAGAGCUCAACACCAGCGCUGUGCCCACCAAUGCUGUCGCUGACCCAAUCACCAAUGGAGAUGAGAAAACUGGCACACCUAAUGGAGUGGAGAACAGCAGCGGACUGUUGGAGAUCUGA